CAUCGCUUCUAUCAUAUUCAAAUUCAGAACAUCGAAGAGACUGUGGCAGUCAUAUUUGGCGUAGUUCAUGUUCAAAACAUCCUCAAUUCCCCAGAUUUUCGCUUGUGGAUGUAUCAAUUCUAGUACUCACAUCCCACUCUAUUAGGUUUGAGUCAUGGCCUCAAACAUCAGUGACAGUGCUGUAGGUGACCUUUCAUAAUCAUUGCCCAAGAAUAUACCAGACCUGAAACACUUUGGGAUCCUCAAAAUGUCUUCAUCUCCCUCUACUUGGUAUAAAGAUCAAUUCAUGAUCUCAACAAAUCAAACUUUGCUUCAGCUCGAUGUCAUCAAUAAAGCCUUCGACUCAGACAUUGUGUACUGGACCAAAGGAACAUCGCCAGAGGCAUUAAAGAGCAUGCUAUCCAAAUCUCUCUGUUUUGGAGUCUACGUUCUGCCUCAAUCUUCCUCCGACAUAGCAGGAAGAGCAUCGCCAACUCAAAUUGGCCUUGGCAGAUGCGUUACAGACGAAGCUACAGUCUUCUAUCUGACGGACGUAUUCAUUGUCCCAGAAUAUCAAAAGAAAGGUCUCGGGAAGUGGUUGAUGGAGUGUAUCAAAGAAACUAUGAACUCGUGGCCUGAAUUGAGAACAGCGUUUCUGAUUACCAGUGGGGAGCAUGCCAAGAAGUUCUAUAAGGAAACGCUGGAUUUAACUCCUUUCCAUACGAGAAAGCAGGUCAUUGAUCAUGGGCUGGAGGUGUUGCAUAAGUGGGGGCCGGGAAGUUCUUUCAACAAGGAGAAAAGCGAGUCCUAGGACAUCGAGUAUUUGAUUUUGCUGUACUGUACAUAUGAAGUCCCUCGAAUGUUAGACCAUUGUGUCUAUUGUUGAGAACCGCAGAUCAUUUUCGAUAUUG